AUGGGUGCAAAGGAUUCUCAAGUAACUAGCACACUGUGGGCCAGAAUUUUGGAAAGAGUGGAAAUACUUAUUUGGGUGGUUAACCAGGCUUGUAUUGGUUUCGUGACGAUAUAUAUGUUUUGGAUAUGUAUAUACCAAAACAUGGACACCAUGCAAUUGCAUGCUUUUCUAGUGACCCUUGGGUUCUCCCUACUAAUGGCCGAGGGUAUUAUGUGUCACUAUAGCAUCAAUCCGCUGACGAAUGGUUUUAAACGCAAAGCUAAAACCACCAUACAUUGGGUGCUGCUGGCACUCGGCGGUGGCUGCGGAGUAGCCGGUUGUCUUGUGAUGAUUGUGAUAGUGAAAUUCCAGAUGGAUCAAAUUCAUAAUCGUUUAGGUUUUGCUGCAUUUAUACUCUGCCUCGUCAGCAUGUUAUCAGGCUUGAGCGCUCUGUUUUCGAAAAAUUUACGACGCAUACUAAGUCCCUUAUUUAAUAAGGGCUUUCACAAUUUAGUUGGCUUUGGCACGUUUGUAACGGCACUGCUUGCGCAAUUCUACGGCUACGAGUUCUUCCAUCACAGCAUACUAUGGUCCUUCGUAAGAGUAUUGCAAGUGGUGACCCUUGUGUCGCUAGUGCUCACUUCGAUCGGGCCUCUUAAGGCACUUUAUAAGAAGAUUACAAGUUUUUUCGAAUAAUAAUCAGCACGUAGAUUCUCAAUUGAGUAGCUGCAAGUGUUAU